CCCGUCAUUCGCCACCAGGAAAUGGAGGAGCUGUGGUGAUGUCGUUUGUAGCUGCAGCGGAGAGGCAGCAGCACUGGGAGGGGAAACGACCAGAAGGCAGCUGCUACAGGCGUCAGCGACAACUCUCAGCACUGAGGCAGGCUCUGCAGACUCAAAAAGUUUCGUGUAUCAGCAGGUGAAGAUGAGCGAAGCAAAUCUGCCCAAAGUUGAACUUUUUGUGAAGGCAGGCAACGAUGGCCAGAGCAUCGGCAACUGUCCCUUCUCCCAGCGUCUCUUCAUGGUGCUGUGGCUGAAAGGAGUGACCUUCGAUGUUACCACAGUGGAUAUGAAGAGGAAGCCAGACAUCUUGAAGGACCUGGCUCCAGGUGCCCAGCCUCCCUUCCUGCUGUACGGCAGCGAGGUGAAAACUGACACCAACAAGAUCGAGGAGUUCCUGGAGGAAAACCUCUGCCCUCCCAAGUAUCCCCGUCUGGCUGCUCGUAACCCAGAGUCCAACACAGCAGGCAUGGAUGUUUUCUCAAAAUUCUCCGCUUACGUCAAGAACUCAAACCCUCAGGCCAAUGAAAAUCUAGAGAAAGGCCUGCUGAAGGCUCUGAAGAAGCUGGAUGACUACCUCGGCUCCCCACUUCCUGAUGAGAUUGACGAGAAUAGCGCUGAUGAGGUCACUUCCUCAUCCCGCCCCUUCCUGGACGGCCAAGAUCUUACUCUGUCUGACUGCAACUUGCUGCCUAAGCUCCACAUUGUGAAGGUGGUGUGUUUAAAAUACCGAAACUUCAGCAUCCCUCAGUCUCUGACAAACCUCUGGAGGUACCUGAACGCUGCGUACGCCAGGGAAGAGUUUGCCUCCACCUGCCCGAUCGAUGAAGAGAUCCACAUCGCCUACUCCUCUGUAGCUAAAACUCUAAAGUAGGAGGACAACAGGAUGCGCAAGUCAUGAUUACACCAGCAGAACAACACACAAAAGCACAAAAACAACACACACAGACAUCACCUGCACACACAGAGCGUUCGUUCUGCAAGCAACUUGGUCUAUCUGUUUCUGAAGAGGCUUUUUGUGUAGCUUUAAAAGUGGAUAUCAACUUUCAUAAUGUUAGAUAAUUGUGAUGAGCCAAUAUAGCUGGUUUGCUAUCAUCAAACUUUGCUCUUAGGGUUGCUUUAGAUAUGUUUAUUCAUGUAGUUUUCCUCCUAAAAGGGAUUUUGUUCCACGUGGAUCUGUUUACUUCAGUGGGGAAAGGAGGAGGCACAGCAAUCAGUUAAGCUCAUUUAAAAACUAACUCAGCUGUGCCCAAAUUGAUUUGGCUGACAAGCUUGUUUGACUGCACAUAUAUCAACUGAGUUUUCCUGGACAUUAAGCUCUCUAGAAAAUUAAUUAACUUCUGGUUACUUGUUGAUCACGUUGCUUGCAGGCUCUUUCUCACACACACACACACACACACACACACACACACACACACACUCACUGUAUGUGCACACACUUACAUGAACAUUUUCACACACUUAAAACUACAGCCUUGCUUGUGUUCAGUUUAAUCAUGAAUAGAUGCACACUGUAAAGUUAUCAUUGUUCCCUUGUUGAUGACAUUUGCUACAGCAUAUACUUGAUGUCUUUUUUGGGGGGAUGGCAAAAUUCAACAGACACAAAGCAGUCUAGCAGAGCACACUUUCAUUAGUACCUUGCAAGUGUCAAACAAAGCUGUUCAACACUGAUUUUCAGUAUUGGUAUUAAGGAAAUUAUUCUAAAGUGGCAAACAUGCAUAUCAGAUGUCAUUUGUGGCUUUGUCUGCAAUUACAUUGACAUUACUUUUUCGUUACAGAGGGAAAAUAAGGCCUUUGACAGUGAAAGAUAAAGCCAAAUUCUAUUUUAAAUGUAACAGUUUCUUACUCUUCAUAAUGCAUCUCCCGGGGGGGGCUGAAGGGAGGCAGAGCUGCAAAAAGACAGGAAAUUAUUUCAAUAGACGUGGGCUUCCUCUUUCUGCUCUCCCACAGCAGGCGUGACGGAUUAUUCAAGAUUACAAAGCUUGUUUGUGAUCCGCUGUCAGGGCCUCUUGCCAAUUAUUUUCUGCUGCCUGUCAUGUAUGAAGGAUCCACUUUGGUGUCAUAUAAAGGAAAGAGAUCUGGUUGCGAGUGUAUUGAAGUGCUAUGGAUGAAGAAGUAAUUGCUGUUGUUAACUGCUAAAGUGCUACACUGAAAGCACUUGUUAUCCGGUAGCUCUGGGCUCAAGGCUGUCGCAUGUUUCUCAUGUGGGAGGAAAAAAACUGCAGGAAGUUAAAUAUAAACAUGUCAAAUGUUUAUAUUAUAGCACUCUGGGCUUUAGGUAGGCCUAACAACCUUUUUUGUAGGACAUUAUUAAAGGAUAAGUCUGGCAAUGUUCUAUUUCUUACUGUCAGCAAAGACCAAAACCAACAACACAUUACUUUGUCACUCAGUACUUGAUGAAUUGUCCUACCCUGUUUGUGGCCUCAAGCCCAUUCAACCCUACAGAAAUAUGUGGUUUCAUUUAUUUUUUUAAAGGCAAAGCAGUUUCCUAACACUGCAGAGCUCUGUGGUGUUUAGCAGAUGUCAUUCAAACAGGAGUAAAUAGUUUAUUUGAUGCUCUAAGGGGUAUUUACAGCGGAAGGUAAAGUUACAUUUUUAUUAUUGGAUGUAUAGCCAUGAAAUUUUGCUCAGGCAUGCAUGUCCCCCUCAGGAGAAAUUACAAUAACAUUGGUGAUCUCUUAACUUUUCAUCUGGCGCCAUCAUCAAGUGAAACACUUUGGUUUAAAACCUGCAAAACUCGUGAAAUUUAGCCUCAGCUGUAUUUUGUUUUUAGUGGCAAUUAGUAAAUGUUAGCAUGCUAACCCUCUACUUUAAAAUGGUGAACAUUAUACCUGCAUCAGCACGUUAGCAUUGUCACUGUGAGUAUGUUAGCAUGCUGACGUUAGCAUUUAGCUUAGAUUACCACUCACUUUGUCUAAGUACAGACUUGCAGAGCUGCAUAGCUUUAGACUCUUGUUAACGGUUUUGGGACAACAGUGGAACUUAAUGACAGAGGAAUAAGCUGCUGUAUAUCAGGAUCUAGGAACACAGGCAAUACUUGUAAAGCAUUGUUGGUUUUGGUCUUUUCUUGGGAUUUGUUGACAAAUAGAAACAUUAAAUAUCACUAGGCUUAUUCUUAAAUUGAAAAGAUUGUAUAUUUGUUGAUUGUUGGCUGUCUUGCAAACCUGAAAAAUUGGGAAGAACUAUAACAAAUAAUAACGCUUUGUCCGACUGUAGUAGCAGCUUGUGUAGAGGAUUUACUUCAUGGCACUAUGCAAAUUUACAUUUAUAGAGGCAGUUGAGACAUUUAUACAGCAGGUAGUGGUGUACACAUCUUUGCUCAAAAUAGCCUCUUAUAUUUCAUGUCUCUCCAAUCAAGGUGAAGCUCUACAAAAAAAAUUAAACCUAAGUGCAAUUUAAACCAAUUGAAAAGACAAUCUUGUACAGAGACUUUGGUUACGUUAGACGUACAGUGUGAGCACAGUUGGGUUUUUCUAUAUGAACAUUAAUGACUCAAGUUAAAUCCUUCCUUGAUGAACUAAUGCAAAGAGUGUAUAUUUUACUUGACUGAAUUGUUGUGGCUUUCACCUAUUUUCUAAAAUGGACCAACAUUUAAAGGGAUAGUGUCUGAAUAAUUUCAGUGCUGAUUUAUUUUAGUAUUUCUGGCAUAGCUUUUCACUUUUUACUGUAGGACAAUUUAACUUGAUCUAUUCAUUAAAAUGUUACAUUUAUUAGUUUGUUUUUCACUUCACUGUCUUUAACAUUUUUUUAUCAUCUUGUACAUGAAUUUUCUUUGUUAUGAGACCAAUAUUGUACUUUUCACUUUGUUUCCUGCAUGCAUUUCCCUAAAAAUAGUUUAGCCUUUUUAUGCUGUCUGCCAUGUUUUCUAAAGCGGUUGCACUUAAAAGUCCACAGAAUCAAAACAGCAGUGUGGACACUAAAGCAGUAGAUUUCCAAUGAAGACAAUCAAACUAAUAGCACAGCUGAAAUGCAUUUUGUACUUUAAAGCUCUUAUAAAGACGCAUGUAUUAAUAUUCCAAUAAAAAAAUCUUGAUAAUAAA